GCCACCUCUUGACCUGCCGACAGCGGGUGAAUAACCGGGCUUCCAAUCUGGGCAGGAGACGAAGAUCGGUAAAUAAAGUUGACCACAGAUCAGCCGUGUUACCCCCAACUCGGUAACUUCCCCUCAUCACCUCCCUUCAAGCUCCAACGGGGACUGUCACGAUGCGACGAUUUCUCUCACUCUGCGUCGCCGCCGUGUUGGCAACUGCCAUUGAACCUCCUCGGUUCCCUCAUCAGCCCUCCGGCAAUGGCACAAAACUGCUGACCUACAACAUCACGACCGGCAGCCCCGGGGAGCUCUCCGUGUCCACCACGUCCGUGACAUGGAUCAACUCGGGUGAGGACGGCGACUUCAUCACUCGAGGCGAGGAUGGGUCCUUUGUUUUCGAGAACGUCGUGAGUGGAAACAAGACCACGUUCUUGUCUGCCGAUAAAAUCCCCGCCGAUUUCUGGGACUAUCAGAUCUCGUCCGACUAUUCCAAGAUCCUCUGGGCCGUCAAUUACACCAAGCAGUACCGGCACUCGUACUUUGCCAGCUACCUGGUGCAGGAUGUGGCCACGGGCCAGACCGAGUCGCUGAUCGAGGGUUCCGAGGCUGACAUCCAGUACGCGACUUGGAACCCCACGUCCUCGUCCGAGAUCGCAUUCGUCCGAGGGAACAACCUGUUCAUUUGGGACCAAGGCACGGUCAGCCAAAUCACGGACAAUGGCGGCCCCGAUAUGUUCAACGCUAUCCCGGACUGGGUGUAUGAGGAGGAGAUCUUCGGCACCAACAACGCGCUGUGGUACUCGCCCGACGGAGAGUACAUUGCCUUCCUGAGCUUCAACGAGACGGGUGUUAAAACCUUCACCAUCCCGUACUACAUGGACAACCAGAAGGUGGCCCCGUCUUACCCACGCGAGUUGGAGCUGCGCUACCCCAAGGUCGGAACCAAGAACCCCACCGUGGCUCUCAGCUUGUUGGAGGUCAAGACCAAGUCGGUCUCCCCCGUCUCUAUCGAUGCCUGGCCGGCGGAUGAUUUGAUCAUUGGCGAGGUUUCCUGGGUAACCGAGGCGCAUGACACGCUCAUCUACCGCGCGUUCAACCGUGUGCAAGACCACGAGAAGCUGGUAACUGUGGAUGCCGAGACCAAGGAGUCGACCAUCACCCGGGAACGGGAUGGCUCGGAUGGCUGGCUCGACAACAACCAGGCCAUCGCCUACAUUGGUGAGGUCGAGCGCGAGUCCGGCCACGGCAAGCGCGGUGACGGGAAGGGUAAGGGCAAGGGCAAGGGCAAGGGCAACGACGAGCCCGAGACAGACGACCCCAAAGCCCGGUACUACCUGGACCUGUCGGACGCCUCCGGCUGGAACCACCUCUACCUCUUCACCCUCGACGGCAGCUCCAACAUCACCCUGACCUCGGGCGAGUGGGAAGUCGCGUCCAUCCUCAAAGUCGACACCGCCCGCGGCCUAGUCUACUACACCUCCACCGAACACCACCCGACCGAGCGGCACCUCUACUCCGUCUCCUACCUCACCGGCGAGAAGACCCCCCUCGUCGACCCCGCCACCCCGGCCGUCUGGACGGCCUCCUUCUCCUCCGCGGGCGGGUACUACAUCCUGCGCUACGCCGGCCCAGACGUGCCCUACCAAGAACUCUACAGCACCACCGACCCGACCACCCCGAUCCGCACCAUCAACGCCAACACCAAACUCCACACCACCCUCCAAUCCUACCGCCUCCCCAACAUCACCUACCUCGACCUCCCCCACCCCUCCGGCUUCUCCCUCAGCGCCAUGCUCCGCCUGCCCGCCACCUUCGACGCCACCAAACAAUACCCCCUCCUGCUCACCCCCUACGGCGGCCCGGGGGCGCAGGAGGUGACCAAGGCGAUGCAGUCCUUCGACUGGAACGCCUACGUCGCGUCGGACCCGGAGCUCGAGUACGUCACGCUGACGGUGGACAACCGCGGGACGGGGUUCCGCGGGCGGGCGUUCCGGGCCGCGGUGGCGGGCCGCCUUGGGGAGUUGGAGGCGCAGGACCAGAUCUGGGCGGCGAAGCUGUUGGCCGGGGAGAAUGGGUGGGUGGAUGGGGAGAGGAUGGGGAUUUGGGGGUGGAGUUAUGGCGGGUAUUUGACGGCCAAGGUGGUGGAGGUGGGGGAUGAGGCGAUUGCGUUUGGGUUGGCGACUGCGCCGGUGGCGGAUUGGCGGUUCUAUGAUACUAUGUAUACGGAGCGGUAUAUGAAGACGCCGGAGUUGAAUGAUAGGGGGUAUAAUGCGUCGGCGGUCAGUCGGGUGGAGGGGUUUAAGGGGUUGAGGGGGACGUUUUUGGUGCAGCACGGGACCGGGGAUGAUAAUGUGCAUUUGCAGAACAGUGUGGCGCUGGGGGAUUUGUUGAUGGGUGCUGGGGUUGGCCCGGAGAAGUUGGACGUGACGUACUUUACGGACUCGGACCACAGCAUUCGGUAUAACGGGCAGAACGCGUUUGUGUAUAAGCAGCUGAGUGGGAGGUUGUGGGAGGAGAAGAGGCGGGUGGCUGGGGAUAGGCAUCAGUGGAGUAAGAAGAGGGGGGUGCCGUGGAAGGGGUGAGGUGGUGGCUUUUGCACGAGUGCGAAUGGUACUCGAGGUUUUGGACGAUUUGAUGGCUUGAUGUCUGCCGCGGGAGUGGUGAUGGUGAUCUAAUUCUCUAAUGAUAACUGUUAUUGCAUUACCGCUUCUUAUUCCCCUAUGCUAUUCCUUGUUCUUGGGCAGUUAUUUUCCCCUUUUCUCUUCCGUUGUCC